GGCCGCCUGCAAGGACUGAGCGGGGCCGUGCGCUCCCGGCCCUGCCAGGCCGCAGGACACGGGCGGUGGGGCUGUGGGCGGGAGAGGACGCGGGUCCCCACGCGGGCUGCACGGCUCGGGCCCUGGGGCGACGCGCCAGGAGGAGGAGGGGUCGGGGCGAGCGCCUCCCCGAGGCCAGGAGGCGGUGCGGGGCGCCUUCGGAAAACGCCGGGCACGACGGGCCGGCGUAGGGGCUCCUCCCCCGGUGAUCACACGGGCUGCUUGCGUUUCCUCUCGUGACAGGUGCUCGGUGGGUCUGUCCUUUCUCGGCGAGGGAUGCAUCGUCCUCGCGAGAUUUGUCCACGGGCAGAGCGCGGCCGAGGCUGGCGUCAGGGCUUCUCGGGAGCCGCUGUGCUCAGGGCUUAGGUUCUGUGUGAGGUCUGGGGCCAGACGCCCUUCCCCGCCCAGGCUUCCAUCACCCAGGCUGCGGCCCUGGCCGGGGAGGCCUCGUCCCUCCUCCUCAUCUGUUCUGCUUCCUGUGACCGGGAGGCGGUUUGGGGGAUGAGAUGCUCUGAUUCAGCAGCAGAGCUGACACAGGUUCCUGCGGCCGGAGGCAUCGUCUUGUGCCUCCCGUUAGCUUGAAUGCCCCUUUGGCAGUGGCCUCUAACUAUUUGAGCAGUUUUCCGGCCUGGGCCUCCUGCAUCUAUGGGUGGCCUCCUGCCCUGCCUGGCACCAUGCACACGCUUGUGUUCUUGAGCACGCGGCAGGUGCUCCAGUGCCAGCCCGCGGCCUGCCAGGCUCUGCCCCUGCUCCCACGCGAGCUCUUCCCCCUGCUGUUCAAGGUGGCCUUCAUGGACAAGAAGACUGUUGUGCUACGCGAACUGGUGCACACAUGGCCCUUCCCCCUGCUCAGCUUCCAGCAGCUGCUGCAGGAGUGUGCCCAUUGCAGCCGGGCCCUGCUGCAGGAGCGGCCCAGCACAGAGAGCAUGCAGGCUGUGAUCCUGGGGCUCACAGCCCGGCUCCACACCCCAGAGGCUGAGGCUGGCACACGGUCUUUUUGCAGGAAGCACGCACUGCGGGUGCUGGACAUGACGGGCCUCCUGGACGACGGUGUGGAGCAGGACCCCGGCACCAUGAGCAUGUGGGACUGCACAGCAGCUGUGGCCCGCACGUGCAUCGCACAGCAGCAAGGCGGGACUGCGGAGCCUGGGCCGGGCCCCGCUCCCGUGGAGGUGCGUGUGGACCUUCGGGUGAACCGGGCCUCCUACGAGUUCCUGCGGGAGGCCCUGCGCAGCGGCGCAGGCAGCCCGCUGCGGCUGUGCUGCCGCGACCUGCGGGCUGAGGACCUGCCCAUGCGGAACACUGUGGCCCUGCUGCAGCUGCUGGACGCGGGCUGCCUGCGCCGCGUGGACCUGCGCUUCAACAACUUGGGGCUGCGCGGCCUGUCCGUCAUCAUCCCUCACGUGGCCCGCUUCCAGCGCUUGGCCAGCCUGCGGCUGCACUAUGUCCACGGGGACUCACGGCAGCCCUCCGUGGAUGGCGAGGACAACUUCCGAUACUUCCUGGCCCAAAUGGGCCGCUUCACCUGCCUGCGGGAGCUCAGCAUGGGCUCCUCUCUCCUCUCAGGGCGGCUGGACCAGCUGCUCAGCACUCUGCAGAGCCCCCUGGAGAGCCUGGAGCUGGCCUUCUGUGCUCUGCUGCCGGAGGACCUGCGCUUCCUGGCACGCAGCCCCCAUGCCGUCCACCUCAAGAAGUUGGACCUGAGUGGCAACGACCUGUCGGGCAGCCAGCUGGAGCCUUUCCAGGGCCUGCUGCAGGCGGCGGCGGCCACGCUGCUGCACCUCGAGCUGACCGAGUGCCAGCUUGCUGACGCCCAGCUGCUGGCCGUGCUCCCCGUGCUGACCCGCUGCGCCCGCCUCCGCUACCUCGGCCUCUACGGCAACCCGCUCUCCAUGGCAGGUCUGAAGGAGCUCCUGCGGGACUCGGUGGCACAGGCCGAGCUGCGCACAGUGGUGCACCCCUUCCCUGUGGACUGCUACGAGGGCCUGCCCUGGCCACCACCUGCCUCUGUUCUGCUGGAGGCCUCCAUCAAUGAGGAGAAAUUUGCCCGUGUGGAGGCUGAGUUGCACCAGCUGCUGCUAGCCUCCGGCCGUGCCCAUGUGGUCUGGACCACGGACAUCUAUGGUCGCCUGGCUGCAGACUACUUCAGUUUGUGAUCUCUGGGCUUCUGGGCGAGAAACAGACUGUCCCAGAGUCCGGGGCUGCUGGAGGCCCCUCCCCCUCCUGGGUAGGCACAGCCUUGGCUGGGACCCUGUUAGAGGCUGACGCAAAGGCACUGGUGUCUGGUUUUUGUGCCCCUUGGGUGCACCUUGAACCUCCCUGCGCAUUCUGUAGUACCCUGCGCAGUUUUGUCCUGCACUUGCUCCCCUGACUGUUCACCCAUCUGUGGGCCUGAGGUCUGAAUUCCAGACCUGCCCAGCCCUGCUUGCUUAUUCUGCACUUGGCUACCCGCUGGUGCCCUAGUCCUCUUCAGAAUGCUCCUUGGGUCCCAUCUCUGAGCUGAGAGAGGGUGUUCCCUCUGGGCCCUUUUCCAGAGCAGACUGCCCUGCGUUGAAGUUGGGACUGGCCUGCUUCAAGGAGGUUGGCCCUAUGCACUGGGGCCCUGUCAUGAUUUUCCCUGUCCUGGCUCUCAGGAGUCUGUCGGCUGGGCUUUGGGGCCAGACCAUGUUAUUACGGUACAAAUGCGCAGUGUGUUUGGAACUUAAAUUUGUGCCUGUUUUUUCUGUCCUCAUUGGUCAGCGAGUUGUCCCUGGCUCUGCUGCUACACCCAGUAUGGCCCCGGUAACAACUGUCUUCCAGGCUGCUCUCCCUCCCCUGGGCAUUCCCAGCAGGUCUGGGCAUCUUCACAGCACCAGAGGAGAACCUCAGUGGGGGUGUUAGGAGCCUCCCUGGCCAUCCAACGUUUGCACCCCAGGACUUGUGUCUGCAAAGCUACGGCGCUCGGGGUGCCUGCACCCCCCUCGCCCUCGGUCCCCAGACCUCACACACAGCUCGGUUCACACCGCGCAGCUUCCACCCUUUACUGAUCACGCUGGAGCAUGCGCGAACGGAGUCCGCCGACUGGCCAGUCCGCCGGGCCUGCGUCAUCAGCGCGCGUCGCCCGCCCCGCCCUCAGCAGUGGAUCUCAUAGGCGGCGGGAGGCUGCAGUGCGAACCCCUGCGCCGGACCGGGCGCCGCGCCAUGUGCUGGGGCCUCGGCGAAGAGCGGCUUGGAGCGGUCGAUGACGAACAUCUCGUGGCCCCGCUCGCCGCGGAGCUCCUCCAGCUGCGCGGAGGUGCAGGGCCCGUCCGAGUAGUCGUUGACGAACAGCGCGCCCUCCCCCGGCGGCCCGGGCGCCUUUUUCCGCCGCCGGCGCCGGCGACAGAUGAGGGUCGCCAGCAGCAUCGCCGUCAGCGUCAGGAGCGCGAUGGCCGCCGCGAUCACCGUCUGCGUGGCCAGCCCCAGGGCGCGGAAGGCCAUGCUGCUCGCCUCGGGCAGGGGCGCAGGGCCCACGGCCGCCGGCGGUGCCGCCCCCUGCAGCUGCUGCUGGGACACGUUGACCAGGAGCUGGAAGGGCACCCGAGCGGCGCCGCCGGCGUUAGAGGCCUCGCACUCGUACUUGCCAGCGUGGGCCAGGGUGAUGUUGGUGAGAAAGAGCAUGCCGCUGCCCGUGUCGGAGGCUCCGUGCCCGCCUGGGCCUGGCACCCCGCCUUCUGGCGGGGCCUGGGCCCGUGGUUGUCCCUCGCGAGGCUGGGCCACCUUUCUCCAGGUUACCAGGGGCUGCGGGUAGCCGGAAGCCUGGCAGGCAACCCGCAGGUUCUCACCCAGGUUGGCUGUCACCUCCAGCGGCUCAACGUGCACAGAAGGUGGGAUGCAGAUGAGGCUACUGCCAGAGACGUCCAGGAGGCUCCGGAGGGCCAGGCGUGGAGGCUCUGCGCACACGAUCUUCCUGUCCCUGGAGCCGAGCAACCUCUGCCCCGCCUCCUUGAGCCAGUCUCCCAGCCAGUGCAGCGCGCAGUCACAGCGCCAUGGGUUCUCUGUGGACAGAGCAGCGGUGAGCAGGUAGCCCAGGGGCAGCUGUGACCACAGCCUGUGCAAUUGGGGUUCCACUGGCCAGAGCAGGAGCCCCUUCACUACCUCCCACAGAGUCAGGGACCCCUGCCACCCCUGCACAAGCUCCUUAGAGUGUGGGCCGACUCUUCCCUGGCGCCUUCAGUUCACGAUAUCUAGGCAGUCUCUUGUCCCGCCAAGUCCCACUAUUUGGGGGGAACCCUGGUGUCCACAUAGACAUCUCACCACCACUAAAACCUUGCAAAUACUGUCA